GUUGUUAAUUAAUCUGAACCAGUCAUCUUCAAGCAUGGCGAGUCUUCGAGAGGAAAUAUUUCAAUUGACAAAUCCGACUCCUGUCUUUAGAGACCCUGAAGAUAAUUUAGAUGAUGAAACAGCAGCGAAAUUAGCAGAACAUGGUGAAGAAGAUGUUGUUGAUGUCAGCCAUGCAAGCGCUCUACGUAAACGAAAUGCUCUCCUUCUCAGUGAUACGGACAAACGCUAUGCUGGUCAAAGGACGUCCAGAAAAAAUAUUGAUGAUUAUGAAAGUGAUGAUCAGAGCAAAAUGAGCGAGGAUGAUGAAGACCAAGAUGAGGAUGAUGAUAGUGAUAUUGAAGGAGAAAGUGAAGACAGUGAUGCACAGAUAGAGGAUAAUCAGUCAGAUGGUGACAAUGAAAAUGACAACAUCACCGCUUUCAAAAGAGCAAUUGGAAAAGCAGAUAAAGAAUUUAGUUUUGAGGAUGAUGGUGACUACAGUAAAUAUGCCGAUGAUUAUAGCAAUGAAAGCAGUCAUGAUGAUGACAAUGAUAUAGAUGACGAUGACAGUGAUGUUGAUAAUGAAGAUGAUGAUGUUGAUGAUGAUGAUGAAGGAAACAAUGAUGAGGAUGAUAGUGAUGAAGAUGAAGAAGAGGGUAUACAACAGUUUUCAAGCAGUUCCAAGGAUGAGAUGGCCAAAGGAUUAGCAGCUAAACAGCAGCUUGGCCUGUGGGACAGUCUACUGGAAGGGCGUAUCAAGGUACAGAAGGCCGUCUCCCUGGUUAACCAGCUUCCACAAACGGACACGUGGACACAGUUUACCAACACAUCACAGCAGUUUGCAAAUGAGGCUAGCAAAACGGAGCAGGUGUUGCAACAUGUGCUGGAGAGCCUCGUCCACCUGCAAGAGCUGCUACAGGCCCAGAACACAGACACAAGAAAAUUUGUUACCGGCCAGGAUAACAGCAAUGAGCAAGCUCACCUUCCAAGGCCAGAAGAGGACUCGGAUGAGGAAAUACCCAGUGAUUCGGACGAGGAAAUGACAGAGAAACCAACACCAGCUCCUCCGAUACAGCUGGGGAAACGCAAACUGAAGAUGAACGAUUAUCCUGGCUUCCUCAAGAAACACCAUGAGCAGUUCAAGUCUUACAGGGAUAACACGAUACAGAAGUGGUACGACAAGACGAGACUGGCCUCAGGCAAGGUGAAAGGGAAGUCAUUUAGCGCGUUUGAUCAGUCUGCACUUGUACAGAUUAACCAGAUACUAGGAGACAAGGAUCGUCUGGUUCGCCGCUCCCAGCUGAAGAGAUCUGCGUAUCGAGUCCUGGGGAUGGUGCCCAAACCACAGCAGCCUGAAAUUACACCUACGGAAGAGAUGGAAGAUGAGCCUGUUCUGCCCUCUGCGGACGAAGAGAAGGACUAUGAUGUGGAGAUAUUUGAUGAUGAUGACUUCUACCACCAGAUGCUCAGAGAGCUCAUUGAGAAAAAGACGACUGAUGUCAAUGACCCUGUAGCCCUUAGCAGGCAGUGGUUGGAGAUACAGCGACUGCGGUCAAAGAACAAGAAGAAGGUGGACACAAAGGCCAGCAAGGGCAGGAAAGUCAGGUACAACGUUCACAAGAAGCUGGUGAACUUCAUGGCGCCAGUGGACAACUGUGAGUGGACAGAUGAGGCCAGGGAUGAUCUGUUCAAGUCUUUGUUUGGAAAGCGAUUUGGUAAUGGAACAGGAGCCUAAUGGUUGAAGUGGAUUGUACAUUUAGAAAUUCAAUAAAUAUGAAAAAUG